CUUCCCCAUACUGACUCUGCAGAUCCUCCCCCUGAUACCGGACUGGGGGCCGCCUGGACCGAGCUCUGAGCUGCUGUGUGUUCUAUUCUGGAUCGUUCAAUAUGGGGACUCACACCGGAGAUAUGGAGCUCAAUGGGGUCGGGGAGACCGCUAAUCUUCAAGGGGAGGUUAGUGUGUGCACAGAGGGGAUGUGCGAAUUGCAUCCCUUCUACUGCUUUUAGUAGAUGUGUUCUGAUUUUGGCCAGAGGAUGUACCCCGAUAUUUUAGGGGUCAUUGCAUGGUGGGGGUGGGGAGCAGGUGCUGCUCUCCAGCCUGUUGGGGGGUUGACAGUCUAUGUCACUGUGCUGGGGGCAGAAAUGAGCUAUCACUAUGAUAUAUAUAUAUAUAUAUAUAGUGCAGCUAUGUAUACAAAGUGUCCCUCUCUAGCAUUACAACAUUGUAUAUAAUGCUCUGUACACCUCUUAUAGUUAAUGUAUAUAUUUGUCCAUGUCUAUAAUAUGAGUCUGUGUACUGAAUACUUGGUACAUACAGUUCAUGAGUGCAGUGUAUAUCUAUGUACUGUGUAGUAGGAUAUAUCAGUGUUGGGGACAUUCAUUACAUGUGUAUUGUACUUAUAGGACGUUUGUUAAUAGUGACAUGCUGUGUAUAUGUCUGUGUAUGGUUAAGCAUAUUUUAUGUAUGAUAUGCAUUUUUUUAUUUGUGUAUUAUUUGUGCACUCUUUACACUUAUAUAUUAUAUCUAUAUUCUUUAUAAUUCCGUUAUUAUGCAUGUGUUAUAAUGCAUGUGUGUCUAAAAGAUUAUUUACUAAAGUGAGAAUUGUUGGAGAAUUUUUCCAGCUUGUCGCUUCUGACCGUGAAUGUGAAAUUAAUUGAAUUCACUACACAUUUCCAAGUCAUCUAUGCUUCCUGUUUGGUUAUUUUGGACUUUAUUUUAAAAUUCACUUGAAUUCCAGAAAUUCGCACAUUAGUAAUAACCUUGCUAGACCCCAGGACACACAUUGCAUCAGUAAACUAUGUGUCUUUACAAAGUAUAAGUCCGUGGUACCUAUUAGCUCAGUGAUUUGUUGGUUUAAAUUGGCACAGUCACUAUUAGGUCAUUCAAAAAGAUAAAAAAAAAAAAAAGAUAUGAGAGGAGAUAUUAGACAAAAGUAGGGGUUUCUUUGUCAUAUCAAUGCUGUGAAGAACGUAGCAUUUUUAAGAUAUCAUAUCAAUGCUGUCAUUUGUAAGAAACCUUUGCCAGUCACAUCUGUGGGUGAAGGCACCUUUACAUGCCAUCAUUUUAUUGGAGGAUCCCGCAGUCUCUGACAGACCUCUGUUUCGUACAUAAAUUACUUGAGCUCCUUUAUUUGGUUGUGUCGCUAUACACCUGAUCAGAGUCCUAGCAAAUAAACUAUAGCCUCUUUCAGAAUUUCAGAAUAUUAUUUCCCAUAGCAUCUAAUUUCUGCGCAUUCUCGGUAGACACUACUAUUAUACGGUCAUAUGGCGUCCUUCAUUGACACCCCAUGACCAUACCUCACACAGCUACGGAGGAAGGACUGGAUAUAGAAGUGAGUACUGGAGGGAGAGUGAACUUGACUUAGGCUCUGCCCUUUUUGAAGAUUGUCAAGUGUAAGGAAAUUACAGAAAACAAAAUAGCCCAUACUUUGUCUUAUGUUUUUAAAGAUAAAUUGAUCCCCAAUAAAAAAUGAACAGAUUCUGAAAGAGGUUGAGAAGAGGAAAGGAUUAGAGAAAGGUACGUUUGAGGUGGAAGAGCUGCUUUAAGUGUGCUAUUGUAGUUAUGGUGCCAGGAGUGCCCUGGCACUACCUCCCCCCUUUCCCUAUUUUAAGUAGUCAUACCAUUUUUAAAUGGUUUGACUUCUAACCUGAGGUCCACUGGGCGCCACUCUCCAUUACUAAUGCUGGAAGCUCCUAUGCAUUAAUUUUAACUUUCCUAAACUAAGCCUUGCAGUCAGUUGACUCUCGGUCAGUUAGCUAGCGCUGCAGGAUUUAGCUCAGGAGAGCUAACACAUCUUCCUGAGUAGAAGUGGAGGCAGGGAGUGGUGACAAAUGGGCCACAGGUAAGAAGUUAAACCUUUUGAAAAUAGAGGCACUUUUCUCGAAUGUCAGUGGUUAUGGUGCUUGGAGUGAUCCUUUAAGACAGACCCCAGGGAAAAUAUAUUUGGCCACGAGAAAGCGUUCUCUUCUCCCCUCGGCCACAAAGUAGAAGUGAGGAUGUCAGCUUGGGGUCUUUGCAAUAUAUGCAAAUACCCAAAAUGUGACAAUACCACUUUAAUUGUCAUAUACUAAAAAGGUAUUUGGUCCAAAUGUGUUCAUCUGAAUUAGUAUUGUUUAUGUAUUGUAAUGUUAAUAUAUCUGUGUUAAUUUUACUUCUCACACUACACCAGAGCCCAGCCAAGCUGGGGAUUUCCUUGUCUGGGCCUGAAUUUAAUCUGCUUUGUAAAACAUGCUGAGAGAGCAGCAGGCCAAACAUUGUGGACUCUUUUAUAAGUAACAUGGAUUAGCUAGUAAUUAGUAAUAUGAAUAAGUCACUUAUCUGAUCAAAACUCCCACUUUCCUAGAACACAACAUAUUCAUGAAAGUAAUUUAUUUAUAAUUGAACGGAAACCUGAAAAUUGCUUACAGUGAUGGAGAGUUAUGAAGCAAAACCCGUGCACGUAUUAGCCCAAUAGAGCAAUCAUAUCUUUUUGGAUAAAUGUGUCAUCUUUAAGGGCUUCUCCCCUUUAAACAAAGCAGAAUUCAACCUGGACUGAAUGUGUAUUUUUUAUUGCAUAUACUUGUGCAGAGCAUUUGUGUCCUUGUAUGGUAAAAAUUAGACUAUCUGAUUGAAAAAGAGGAGCUUCGCUUGGCUCUUUUGGAGCAUUUUAAUCCUGCAAUUUAAACUUUGCCAGUCCUGCAGAAUGGCAGUGUAUUAAAUUGCAGGGUUAAGACAACAUGGGCAUGGCACUCACAACAUUUGGGUCUGGGUGCCUAUAGUGUCACUUUAAGAACACUUGAAAAAUAAGGAACCUCUAUUACCAGUAUAUGAGAACAGGCAACCCCCCCAAAACCAAUGAAAAAACUAUUAAAUCAUUAACAUAAAACCAAGAACAUUAAUUUUUCUCCAUUAAAGUGAUUCUCUAGUGCCAGGAAAACAAACCCGUUUUCCUGGCACUGUAGAAUCCUGGAGUGCCCCCCUCCCUCUCGCCCCCCAUCCGACAUCGCUAAAGGGGUUAAAACCCCUUCAGUCACUUACCUGAAUCCAGUACCCAUGUCCCUCGGCGCUGGUCAGGCUCCGCCCAUGCUCCUUCCCCACCGACGUCCGGCGGCAUGGGAGACCUAAUGCACAUGCACGGCAUUGGCCACGCACGUGCAUUAGACCUCCCCAAAGGAAAACAUUCAAUGCUUUCCUAAGGAGGUCCCCAUGCAUAGCGUGCAGGGCCGGAUUAACAUAGGAGCUGAUGGAGCUGCAGCUCCAGGCCCAGGCCCAUGCUAUAGGCCCAUUUUACACACUACUCUUGGGUUUGCCACCUGACUGGUAUUUUACCAGCACAGCCGGUAUUUGGGGCUGCCUGGCCAUGCCGGUAUUUUUCUCAGUAUAAAUGGAGAUUACUCUGCAAUACCAACACCAGCCAGUAGGGGUCACUGUGUGUGGAGAGAGGCAGGGAUAGGAAGUUACAGCAUAUUCAGACAGCAGCUCCCAGUCUGCAGACAGACAACAGCUCAGGGAAGUGAAGGAUGGAGGGGAAACGCAGCAGGGAAACAUGGGGACACUGAGACACUAGGGGACACUGAGACACUUGGGGACACUGUGAGACAUAGGGACAUUGGGAAACACUAGGGACACCGUGUCUCCAUGUCUCCCAGUGUCCCCAUGUCUCCCAGCUAAUGUCCCUAGUGUCUCAGUGUCCCCACGGCUCCCAGUGUCCCUUAGUCUCCCAGUUUCUGUGUCCCCAUGUUUCUCAGUGUCCCUAGAGUAUCAUUGUCCCCAUGUAUCCCAGUGUCCCCAAAUAUCUGUCUCCCAGUGUCCACGUGUCUCCCAGCCAGUGUCCCUAGUGUCUCAGUGUCCCCAUGUCUCCCAGUGUCCCUAUAUCUCCCAGCCAGUGUCCCUAGUGUCUCAGUGUCCCCAUGUCCCCCAGUGUCCCAAAAUGUUUCAGUGUCCCCAUGUCUCCCAGCCAAUGUCCCUAGUGUCUCAGUGUCUCCACGGCACUCAGUGUCCCCUAGUCUCCCAGUGUAUGUGUCCCCAUGUCUCUAAGUGUCCCCAUGUCUUCCAGUGUCCCCAAAUAUCUUUCUCCCAGUGUCCAUAUGUCUCCCAGUGUGUGUAUCCACAAGUGCCCCCAUGUCUCCCAGUGUCCCCAAGUGUCUCAGUGUCCCUAUGCCUCACUGUGUGCACAUGUCUCACUGUGUCCACAUGUCUCUCAGUGUCCCCUAGUAUCCUAGUGACAAGGGAAACACUGAGACAUGGGGACAGAGGACACUGAGACACUGGUAGACUAGGGGACUGGGCGUCCAAUUCUUUGGACAGACAUGCCCCCUUUUUGGGCAUGUUCGCCCCUUUUGGUAGUUCUGGUCACGUGAUUCGCGUCAGUGGCCCACCCUUUUACCUCGUCCAUUGACUUCCUGCUUCACUGGACACUGCUGUUAGUGAGUUUACUUGAAAGAUGAAAUCAUACAUUAGAGAGAGAUUAACAUAGAGUAUGUGUUUUCUUAUAGCUGCAUCCUUUGAGUUUCCCUCCAACACCAUCUCCAUCAGAUACAUGACGCUUGGGAGGUAUGACUGUUUUAGUGUUUUUGGUCGAUAAGAUUCUGUAAUUAGGCCCCAUCAUAAUUGUCAGCACCAGGCCCACUGGGCUCUUAAUCUGGCCCUGGUAGUGUGAGGACGUCCAGUGUCGUUUAGACGACCAAAAGUCGAUGGGCUGAAGUGGUCUGGAUGCCUUCAGUGUCCCUUUAUUCCCUUUACUGACUCAUACUUCCGAAUCGAGAUAAGGCACUCAUUUCUAUUGAACAGACACAUCAGACUUGUAAAUCACUCCAUCACGUCAUAUGUUAAAUAUGGAGAUUCAGUGCCAAUGUCUGGUCAAAAUGUCUUAUUUUUUUCACUAACCAGUGCAUUGAUCUGAACUGACAAGCAGAUCGCAAGAAUUGCCAGGGUUUGCAGUUUGUAUCGCAAUUAGCCUCACUUCACUGUUUAGUAAAUAACCCUUUUUCUGCUAAGUAAAGGAAAAUAUCUAGUUGGAUGAAACAUCUCCUUACAUAACAUUUUUUGCAUCUGUUUAACCAAUUAAAGAGCAUCACCUUAAGUAUAGCUAUAGGUCUUGAAAGAAGGUCAAACACCUUGUUUUUUUUUUUUUAAAUUGCAGGGGUAAAGAUAGAAGUUAGUAAUGAGUUUAUUUUUGAAGUUGGAAGGAGGUGCCUUCAAGUGAAAAAGAUAAAGUUUUAUAUAUAUAUAUUCUCUAAGACAGCAGUCAGAGUCACCCCAUGGCACAUAAGUCAGCAGAACUCUGCAGACAACAAUAACUCUUGUUCUAUAAAACACUCAAGACAUAAAAAGUAAUUACAGUGUGCUGUAAAGGCUAUGGUGUCAGGAGCACCAUGGGGUACCUCAAUGUAAGUGGUUAAACCACUGAGGUUUGCAGGACACCAGUAACAAACUCCUACUUGUGGUGCAGGGCUUAGCUCAUGCCUGUGGCUUGGCUGGUGCUGGGUUUAUCUGGCCAUGCAUGACAGUUCUUGGCUUAUACUGGUGGUGCAGAUCUUAGCUCAUGGUCAGGGCUCAGCUAGCCAUAUGUGACAUUUCUUAAAGGGACAGUAUAGUCACCAACGCAACUUUAGCUUAAUGAAGUAGUUUUGGUGUAUAGAUCAUGGCCAUGCAGUGUCAUUGCUUAAUGUCUCUGCCAUUUAGGAGUUAAAUCACUUUGUUCAUGCAGCCCUAGUCACACCUCCCUGCAUGAAGAAGAAAAGGAAAGUAACCGUGCCCAAAGAUUAUGUACAGAACUUAAUACGUACACAGGUCUUUGGAAAUUAUACAAGUACUGGACCUCAAAUAAAACAGAAGAAACAAUAAUAGUGCAAUACAGUAUGUACAGUAAGCGCGUGAUGUGUGAUCUUGUGUGAUUACACUCACAUUUAAUUGAUCUAUCUCAGAGCUCAGGUGUUUCAGCGCAUGGACGGAACAAUCCCCGUCUAAGGAUAUAAGUUGGUAUAGGCAGAUCUCAGUGCAUGUCACUUACACAGCCUUCCUACACACUUCCUGUAAAGAGUCAUCUAAUAUUUACACUUCCUUUAUUGCAAAUUCUAUUUAAUUUUGAAUUUCUUAUCCCCUGCUAUGUUAAUAGCUUGCUAGACCCUGCAGGAGCCUCCUGUGCUUGAUUAAUGUUAAAUUUACACAAAACAAAGGGAUUAGGUGCUCACUAUAGUGAUAUAUACAGUGAAAGUGGGCGGCAGUGACCAACACAAGGAUUCCCAACCUUGUAAUAGAACAAUUGUGAACAAGAAAACAAAAGGAAACCGUGCCCUUACUAUGGUACAAAUAUACGUACUCAAGUCCUUAUGAUCGUGAUUUUUUCACAAUUAACCUCAAAGAGAAAAUACACAGAGUAAUAGUGUAGUACUGUAAAUACUUCAAGUGAUAAGGAACAAAUAGAUAAAUGCACAUUCACAUUUUACCAGAGCUACUACAGAGCUCUACUGUUGUUGCGCCUAGAUGGAAUUAUCCCCGUCUCUGGAUUAGUUUGAAGUGGUCAACGUCUUGGUGGUCUCAAACAAAUAACAUAUGGAGAAACAUAGAAAUCCUCAUAGUGUAGUAUGUAGUAAUACCUUAAGGAUAAUAAAUGAAUAUAAAGUAGCGUACUCACAUGUACUAGAGCGUGCCUCGCUCUAGUUAGUAAAGCAUAGGUGGUAUAAUCCCCACCACAGCAGCAUAUAAAAACUUUGAAAGUAAGUUACAGCCAGUUGAAAGUGUGUCUAGGGUUGCAUAAACAGAAACAGAAGUGAUUUAACUCCUGAAUGGCAGUGAAUUGAGCAGUAAAAUUUCAAGGGCAUUAUCUAAAACCGCUUCAAUAAGCUAAAGUUGUUUUGGCGACUAUAAUGUCCCUUAACUACAUUACAUUAUUUAGAAAUCAGUAUGUCUAAAUAAGUACAUUUUAGUUGCAUAUAUAAUUGUUAGUAAGUCACCUAAAAUUUCUCAGAACAGCUUACCCCUGUCCACACCCCAUUAACUACCCUAAAAUUAAAGUGACCCUCUUUUACUUUUGAACUGUUGGGAGACAUGCUAAAACCUGCCAUAAAGCGAGACAGAGAAUCAACUGCAGAGCAACAUAGGCUUUUUACAAAGCAAAGAUUUACAGUAGUAGAUAAUGUCCAAAUAACAGUAAGUGUUGUCGGUUAACAUUCUCAUUAAAAAAAUAAAAACAUUUUAUAAGUAACAGUUGGAGCAUUUAGUAAAAUUUUACUGAAAUCUGUCCCAGGCAAAAUGCAGCAAAAAUGUCCAGCAUUUCCAGUUUUGGCUUUAGUUGAGCUUGUGGAUGUGUUUAAAUAGAUACUUUAAGAUGUCCUUGGAAUAAGUGGAAAGUUUGAUGAUUUCUGUUGAGUUCACGCAGGGUAGCUGUGGUCUAGAUGGGCGUGCAGGUUUCCAAGAGGAAGUGGGAGAAGGGUGACACUUUUGCAAUUCCGACGAAAGAUAAACAUUUAAGCUGGUGGAAAAAAUUGGAUAUACUGAUGGGAAAAGUUGUUACACAGUAGCUGUAAAAUAUAUUUGUGUGGUGUGCCACACUACAAGAACUCCAUUAAAUACAUGUGCUUUUCAAGAAUUUUUUUUUUUUUUCUCCCUUGAAAUAUUAUUCUUUUGUCCCAUUGAAUACAAUUUUGAAAUGUAUAUUUGCAACUGAAAUUUUGCAUUGUGAAUAAUGUGUUAAAGAACAUUAAGAAUACAAAUAUUUAUUUGUAACAUUAGAGUGCUCAUUUUUUACUUUAGAUUCAGGGUCCCCAUGGUUAAAAUAAAAAAAUAUAUAUUUCUAAAUAUACUCUUAUUCCAGUUUGGGACAAGCUCCUGCCACACAGAGAUCGGCAGGAUUAAUAGGAAGCAUUAGCUGCCUUCAGCACAGUCAUUCUGUGUGUGUGAUGCCAAAAGUGAAAGACAGGCACUGGAGGUUCUAACAGCCACACACGUGUAUUCUUGGACCAUUGUGAACAUUGCUGUUUUGCAGAAACAGCUAUGUUUUACACUGUCCAAUAAAAUGGACAGUAUCUAUACACCAAAACUACUACAUGAAGAGUUAUUUGUUUUGGUGCUUAGGGUUCCUUCAAAACCCCAUAGCAGAAUUUGUCUUUCAUAAUAUAUGAAAUCAUUACAAAUACUCUACUACCUAUUUAUAUUUAGUAUUAAAGGAAUACUGUAGACAUUAAAGCAACGUAAUCUUAUUGAAGUUGUUAUAGUGCCUUAAAUAUCCCCAUCUCUGUUCCUAUCCUCCAAUUCCGUCUAGUGCAUCAGCUUGAAGGCUUGAAAGCGCAGCUUAAAGCCAUGCCUUGGAGAGCCGGGGACAGUAACUUCCUGGCUCUCAUACUUAUUAAUACUGUUAUGUUGAUGCUUAGAAGCCCCAAACCAUUGUUAAUUCAGCUCACCUUCACUCAUUGUCAAUAAGCUCACCUCUUGUGAACACACACAAUGCUUACAUGCGCAGUGACGCUUUCAUUACUUCUCAUAGCUGAUUAUUGCUUUCAAUGAUUCACUAUAAAUUGGUUUUCAUUGGUGCAUUGUGGCAAGAGCUUCGUAUGUGCACUAGGGACUGCAAUGCUUCUUAAUGAGAUGCAUUUGAUUGGACCAAUGUCAUGUGACUUCAUGACAUCACAAGGGGCAGUGUAAAUAGAUGUACCAAUUGAAACCUUUUUUAAGUUGGAAAGAUGCUGCAAAGCUCCUGGAAUAUAAAAUAGAUCAAAAGUAUUUUAAGAACUUAACAAACACAGUACGGUGUUCCUUUAAAUGUCUACAUUCUCAAAUAUAUUUUGACCUGCUGUAUGAAAUAAAGGGUACCUCAUAAGUUAAUACUAACUCCCAGGAAUAUUAAAAGUUCCUGGCAUGUUAUACAGUAUGUUUCUAUAGUAAAACUAUUCUCCAUUCUAAUAUUACAUUUUGGCUCCGUACUCACAGGUUGUUUAAAUACCAUAAUGCCAGGCUUUAAGGACUGCAUUUGGCUCUUUUGAGUUUUAUUGCGCCUAGCAUAUAAGCAUUAUGUUGACUCCCAGUAAUAAGCAGUAGAUAACAACAGCUCUGUGUAAUCAGCAUCUAGUAAAAAGAACAAAUACGUUCUAGAAUAAGUGAGCCCCACUACUCUGCAUGUUGGCUAAUUACAUAACUGCGGUGUAUGCGGCUUAUGCAUAUAAUGUAUAAGGCUGAUUGUAAGAGCAUUGCAUAAUGGUUGGCAAAUAGCUGGAUCUAUCUUUGGUUUCCAGCUGGUUCCUUUUUGCCAAGACAAAACACAUCUGCGUCACAGGUUGUUGUUAAAUAUGUACAGGCAAAUUCUUUAGGGUGUAAUAGAGGCUUAAAGAGACACUCCAGACUCAUAAAGCACUUUAGCUUCCAGUGAAGCUAUAUGUGUGUCUUAUUUAUUUAAUUUAGCAAAAAGUACAGAUUUCAAUAGAAAUUUACACUUUUAUAAAUUAACCUGGUUACACCCCAUUGGCUUUCAAAAAGUCAACAUCUCCUGUUACUUUCUGGUUUGGUUACCUCAAUGAAGCUACAUUUAAGAAGCAGCAAUUGCUCAUAGCACCUGCCUUGCAAAUACUUCUCAUUGUACUGCAUUGGGAAGUCUGUGAUUGGAUAGCCACAGAAAGUCUGGGCUGGGUUAGAAGGGGAGGUGGCGUGCAAAGUCAGAACUGCAACAGAUACACAUAUACAAACACUGCUAAACAUGCAGAUACACAGACACACAAAUGGAAAUACUGACACAUACAGUUGCACAGAUACACUGACACACAAACAGACAUACAGAUAUGCACACUGACACACAUACAGAUGUAGAGACACAAAAAUGCAAAUAUUGCCACACAUGCAGAUACAGUUACAAACACUAACACACAUACAGAUAGACAGUUAGAAUGACACACACUGACACACAUAUAGAUACACAGACGCAGAGAUAAAAACACAGACACACAUGCAGAUGCACAGACACACGCACAGCUAACAGUUUGCUAUCUUAAUCUGAAGUUCUCCUUGGGUCACUCUUUGCUUUUCCUCUUCUUGUUUGCAGAGCCAGAUGCUCCUGCUGGUGAAACUCGGCCAAUGACCUAAAUCGUGAUCCACUAGGCUUAACUCAGACAGUAGUAGAGGUAGCAAGUAGCAUCUGGUGGACCUCAGUUAAGAUGUCACACCGGUUUGACUACUUCCAUUUAAUCAAUCCUGGCAUACCCAUUACAUCACAUUGGAAUAGAUAUGGUACAUGGAUUGUUCCUUUAACAGUAGAAAAAUGUUUCAAAUUUGUAUUCACUUUAUCACAACUUACCAUUUAGUAUAUAACCCCCUCCAUUUACUUUCAGAUGAAUGCCUUUAACCGUACCCAUAGCUCUAGCCAAACAUUUUAACUUCCACUUUAAGAAAAUGUUUGAGGAAAUCAUUUUCUUUUUUGGGACUUUCAGGAAUGUAUUGCGGAAAAUGUAAACAUUAAACAACCGACAAAGAUGUGGAUGACUUGCUCACUGUUUAGAGUGUGUUUCUUAAAUUGAAAACUGGCAGCAGUGAAGGAUUUAAGGAUUACCAAGCAGUUACAGGUAAAACCUAAAUCACUGCUGGUUAUAAGGACUGAUUUAAGAACCAUCAGAAUAUUUGGCUACCUUUUUUAAAUUUUUUUUUUAGAACACAUUUUUGUGCAUAGAAAAUUUGAUUCCAGUACAUAAACAAUGUGACAGUAGAAUUCCGUAUAUCAAUAAGGAAAUCUUAAGCAGUUUAGGUGUAGUUCAUGGCCCUCAAUCUCACUGGUCACAUCUCUGCCAUUUAUGAGUUAAAUCACUUUGUUUAUGCAAACCUAGCCACUCCUCCCUUGUCUAAAACCAACACCGCUUUCCUACGCACUUCUUGGAAACCAGUUAUAAUGUUUUAGAUACCCUUAUUGCACAGUAUGUUUAAUUUAGAAUUUCCUAUCUUUUGCUCUGUUAGCCUAUGCAACUAUGAAAAGGAUAGACAACACUAUACAUAUUGAGCCCAAAAACAUGGGUUAGAAUUUUUUUGACAUUCUUUAUAUUGGUACUGCAUGCAUCAGACAACAAGCAAGUCAUGACAUAACUUCUGAUACAUACUGGUCAUAGAAGAAUAUAGCAUGGGUCAAAAUUACAGCACUAUUUUUAAAGAAAAUAAUAAACCUAAGAACCACGUAUACAUGCUAGACAGAGGAAAGGAGACAUGGAGGAUACAAAAGUAUUAAGCGGUUCGCUAGUUAUGAUUAGAAAGUUAUACUGACAAUCAAUUCAGACAGGAAAACCUAUAUCACAGGGUUUGCAUAAAUCAAAAAUCAUAAAGAAAAGGUUAAAUCUGCAGAGUAAGAUAAGCAUAAUAAAAGCCUGCGGCAGUAGGUGAGUCCAGUCAGUGGCACAGUGUAUGCAUAAUGAAAAUAGCUGCCACUGGCCCAUACAGGAGAUCAGCCGAUUCCCAAAUGUAAGGUGAGUCCCUGACGGUCCCCAAGUAGGCCUCCAGAGUCCCAGGUUCCCACAGCGGUAAAUAUAUCCGGAAUCUGCCACUAACUAGCCACUAGGCUUCUGUAAAGUGGAGGUAGGGCAAGGGCAUUAACCCUUUGAAACCUCUCUCAGAUAACAGUGGUGUUUGCUUUGAAGCGUUGGUAAAUCAUGUGCUGCUGUAGUAGGUCUAGGUCCUGUUUCUGGGUAAAGUGUCAGCAUGGCCUUCUGGGGUAGAAGUGCUCGUUUUAUAGACUCUUGUCGGGUUUCGAACAUCAGUCAGAAGUUUGAGAAUAAGGAGCAAAAGGCUUCAAGAACAUCCCAUUGACGCUCAGUGGGUGGUGCCUGCCACAUGGCCACUGCCAAAUCAACCGCAUCUGCCAUCAUGUAGGAGGGCAGGAGUGUCCUCAAGGUUCCUUUGAACCGACUGCCAGAGAUUAAAGGUGCCGGGAGUGUUUCUUUAAAGCCCUGAAUGGUCAUACAGUCCUUUAAGGGUAAAUCUAAACCUUAAAGGACUGUAUGACCAUUCCUAUUGCCAAAGACAUAGUUUCAACAAAUUAAUCUGUUCAAAAAGUCCAAGCUUGAAAUUACAUGGCUAUGUAUCUAUCUGUCGUGUAACAUCUCAUGAGACAAGAGGUAGCAGAGGAAAUUGCAGGUGAUGGCAGAGAGAAUUUAUAGUGUGACUGCAGUGAUUAAUACCAUGUGAAGGGAGGAGAUGAUUGACUGUGGUUGGAAACAGCUGAAUGAGUCAAGGUGUAUAUAUGUUUGGUGUCAAUUAUGCCUAGAUCAAGCAUGUCAAACUCAGUCUAGCACAGACCAAAUAAACAAGGUUUAAGUUUAAAAAAAAAAACCUUACAUUUUCAUAGAAACGUAGGUUUAUUUUUAAAAGUACCGUAUAAAAAAACAGCGCACCCCUCUACUAAACCACAGCACCCCCUCUACUAAAUUCAAGUCCCCCUCAUAUACUAAAUCCCAGUCCCCCCAGCAUAUACUUAAUCCCAUAUACUAAAUCCCAGUUCUCCCCAUAUACUAAAUCCCAGCCCUCCCCCUAUACUAAAUCCCAGCACCCCCCUCUAGCCAACAAGCAGGCUCCACUGACAUUGCCAGUAUGCGACUUUGGAGUCUGGCCUCUGGUAUACCCUAAAAGGCUCCGUCUGCACCCUGUGUCAAAGCAGACCCUCCCGCUACUUCUUGAAACCCUGUGAAGCUGGAGCACGUCAACGUCACAUCGAAAUGUGAUGUGGCGUUGAGUGCCUCCGUGCACCUCCAGGUACUCCACUGUCUAACAGUGGCCAUCGCAACACUGACCGACACAGAAACACUCACUGACACACACACACACACUCACUGACAGACACACACAUUUACACAUUCUUGCACACAUUCACAUCAGUUUAUUGCUCCCUAGCUUUGGGAGCUGGUGUGCAGCGUCUCCCUGGAGAUCCCUAUCUCCCUAUCUGGAGAUCUCCUUACUGCCCCCUCGCGUGCAGUUUAGUGAUGCUGGGUGCCAGAAUAUGACAUCGUAUUCCUGCACCUGGCAUCACUACAGACGGCACGUGCGAGGGAGCAAUGAGGAGCAGGAAAACCUCUCCUCCCUUGCCGGGUAAAUUUUUAGCAGAGUAGGCACCUGCAAUGUGGAGAAAGCAGUGUUAACACUAAGCAUGUACUCGCUGUUCGCCGGGCCGCAAAGAUGUUCAUUGCGGGCCGCGAGUUUGACAUGCUUGGCCUAGAUGAAUACCUUAUGGUUUCUACUUUAUGAAAAAUUCAAUGAUAGUUAUACUUGGUCUCUGUAACUGCUUUUAAACUUAGAGGUAAAAGGAAUCAAACAGUAUUCAAUUUGUCAACUAAUAUUUUUUGUCAAAAAUAGUGGACAAACAUUUUGGAGAUUUAAUUGACUAAAACUAGACUAAAACUAAAUGGAGAGACACCUAGAGGGGCUGGGGGGACACAGAGGGGCAGCGGGAAGUGUCAGAAGAGACAGACCAGUGCUUUUGAGAGAGACACCUGGGGCGGCACAAAGAUACAGAGUGGCUUGGAAAGGGGCAAAAGAUACAAAUAGAGGCUUUAACUAACCCAUUAGAUUUUAGUGGUGCUGACUAAAAUUUACUGGAGAAUUAGUCGACUAAAACUAAAACAAUUCAGAUGACUAAAAAACAACUAAAAUUAACUUGAAAUUUGCCGCCAAAAUUAACACUGGUACCAAACACCUAGCAGAAUGUGGUCUAAAUGCACAGUUAACGGUGCUCCAAUUUGCUAGGCCUGUCCGAUAUGUUUGAGUCCAUAUCAUGCUCUCUGUGUACAGGGUUUUUGAGGCAAUAAUAUAGUUUUAAAAUUAUUUUUAUUCUGUGUGUUGCAUCCUAUGUUUUACUUUAUGCUGCUGGAAUCUGUGAAUCCAAUGCUUUCCUUUUCUCCUUUAUAAAUAUAAUACUUUUUGACCUUUCUGACAAUAACAUGUCCGUUUUAUGACAACGUGUAACGUUUUACCAAGAUAUUGCAGUUUCAGUAUCUAUUCAGAGAUGCAGAAUGAUUUAAUGCAGUAGUGGGUAACGCCCGUCUGCAUAUUACAAAGCCCCAGACUAUGUAACCUGAGCAGUUUAUGGCAAACUAUUUUAGUGUUACCAUGGUAUUAUUUAAACAGCUGCGUACUGCUGGGAUAAUGCUGGGAUUUCCCAUUAUGUCACUCAGUGUAGGGCUCUCUCUAGGAUUCAAUUGUAGCACUCCUCAGUAGUUUGGCAUCAUCCUGCUUCAAAACUCCGAAACACUAUUAAAUGUGCAGUGUACAGUGAUUUGAUGGGUUUAUUCACUAAACAGAUCUGCAGAAAAUGUAAAAUCAAUUUUGAGGUUAUACUACAAUUGUAGGGGGGUCUUCUUUUUAUACAUAGCAUUUAGUGGCGUCUUACUAAAUGAGUUCUUCUACUUUACUGUGAAUUUUCUAUGGAAGAUUCUUGGUUGUGUAAUCAUAUCUGCAAACUGUCCCAGAUGCAACUGCACAGUCACAAUUUCUGUAUACUUCUCAAGUGUCCAGAGGCGUGUCUACUGAAAGUGCUCCCCUUACCUGCAAUGUCCAAACAUCUGACACCCAUUAUUUGAGAACUUUGUCAUAAAAUUAGCUUAAAGGAACACUAUAGUCACCUACAUUACUUUAGCUAAAUAAAGCAGUUUUAGUGUAUAGAUCAUUCCCCUGCAAUUUCACUGCUCAAUUCACCAUCAUUUAGGAGUUAAAUCACUUUGUUUCUGUUUAUACAGCCCUAGCCACACCUCCCCUGGCUAUGAUUGACAGAGCCUGCAUGAAAAAAAAAACUGGUUUCACUUUCAAACAGAUGUAAUUUACUUUACAUAAUUGUAUCUCAAUCUCUAAAUUGAAAUGUAAUCACAUACAGGAGGCUCUUGCAGGGACUAGCAAGCUAUUAACAUAGCAGGGGAUAAGAAAAUCUUAAUUAAAGAGAACUUGCAAUAAAGAAAGCCUAAAUAGGGCUCUCUUUACAGGAAGUGUUUAUGGAAGGCUGUGCAAGUCACAUGCAGGGAGGUGUGACUAGGGUUCAUAAACAAAGGGAUUUAACUCCUAAAUGGCAGAGGAUUGAGCAGUGAGCAUGUACUAUACACCAAAACUGCUUCAUUAAGCUAAAGUUGUUCAUGUGACUAUAGCGUCCCUUUAAAAAAGUCAAGCUGUAUGUAUGUAAUGUGUGGUGUGUGCUGGAAGUAUGUGAUGUAUGUAUUUGUGUUCUGUGUAGCUCACUUUGUAUGUGUGCGGAGAGUGACAGAAUGGUAAGGGGCUGUGUUAAAACACGGCCCAAAUGCACAGUAAUUGGCAUUUUUCAAUAUAACAUUUACCCUCCUGCCAUUUAGCCACAUUGGAUUGGCUAAAAAUCAGCCAUUUCAAUUAUGUCACAAAGGGGGCGGGACCAACAAAGGUGGACCCGGGCGGCGCUGGAAAUAAGGUGAGUUUUAAACUUUUAUAGGAGGGUUAAGGGGGGACAAGCCACCUAUAUGGUGGGUUUAGCACUAUAGGGUCAGGAAUACAUGUUUGUGUUCCUGACCCUAUAGUGAUAAUGCUGCUGUGGAGCUUAAAGGAUUACUAUAGGUUCAGGAACACAACCACCUUAUUUCCAGCGCCACCCAGGUCCACCUGUGUUGGUCCCGCCCCCUUUGUGACAUAAUUGAAAUGGCCGCUUUUUAGCCAAUCCAGUGUGGCUAAAUGGCAGGAGGGGGUAAAUGUUAUAUUGAAAAAUACCAAUUACUGUGCAUUUGGGCCAUGUUUUAGAUGUCUGCGAUAGUUCGCUGAAAUUCCAGGUUCCCCAGAAAGCGUCUAAGCCACUAAGUGUAGGUGGCCUUGUGCCAUCAUGGGAUGAUGUUGGCCCCAGGGAUCCGAGAGAAGGUCUGGACUAGAAGGUAGGAGGAGUGGAUCUUGCCACCAUAGGUCCAGGAGAUCUGGGAACCAAACUUGGCCCUGCCAGAGAAGAGGACGAUAGAGACCUGUUGUCAGCAAAUUUGUAAGAGCCCCCUGAAAAUCAUUGCAAAUGGAGGAAAAGCGUAAGCCCCUAGUCUCGGCCAGUCCUGCAGGAAGGUGUCCACUGCUAAGCACUCUGGGUCCGGGAGCCAGCUGAAGAACCGUGGAAGUUGAUAGUUCAUCCGAGAUGCAAAGAGAUUCCCUCAACUGUGAGAUGUGAAGGAAAAUUGACCUGAGAAGUCGCCAGUCGCUGGCAUCCCUCCAAUGUCUGGAAAACCAGUCUGCUGUAAAAUUUGAUUCUCCUGGGAGGUAUUCGGCCCGCAGAGUAUUGUUGCGUUGAAAGCAAAAUCUGUAGAUGUCCUUUGUCACUCCGGAGAGAGUGCGUGAUCUGGCCCCGCCCAGGCAGUUGAUGUAUUGGACUGCAGAGAUAUUGUCCAUUCAGAUGGCCGGCCAGGCUGUGGAUAGCGUAGGAGCCUGCUAUCAACUCCAGGCAAUUGAUAUGGAAGGUAUUCUCCACCGACAUCCUUGGGCCGCCCGUGGAGGUGGUCGGGCCUGACUUGCCCCAACCCUGAAGGCUCGCGUCCAACUCCACAAUGAAGACUGGAGUGGGGCCGAAGAUUGCCUUGCCGUUCAAAGCGGACAUGUGGAGGAGCCACCAUCAGUUCUUCCUUGACCUCUGAGGUGAAUGGAAACAUCUGGUUGUAAGAGGAGUGACUUCGUAGAAAUUGAGCUUUCAGACACUGCAUGGCCCGGUAAUGGAGAGAUUCUGGUUAGAUCGCCUGGAUGAAGGCUGAAAGUAGACCUACAAUCCGAGUUAACAUGUGAAGAGGAACAUAUUCCUGAUGAAGAAUUCUGUGUAGUUCCUUCCAGAUUGCAUAUCUUUUUUUUUUUUUUUCGUGCAGAGGUUAAACAUGUGGAUGUGCACUGCCACAACAGCUGGUGCAACCAGGUUUGGAUUCACACUUAAUCGGAUGGCAUAAUAGAAAAACAUUGCACUUUGCACAGAUAAGUAAGCAGGAUUAUGUCUUAGGUUUCAUAAAAACAAAGGGAAGUUGCUUGGUUCACAGAUAGGCUUCACCUAGUAGUCACAAUGAGAGUAACGGUCAGGCUAGAACAAUACAUUACGGAAUGGAGCAUCGUUAAGCCUGGUAUGUAGCUUAAUGUACUAAUGGGAGUUACGUGCUCCAAAAGUGAGUUGUAACACGCUGCCUUCGAUCAGUAAUGCACGCCAGUUAUACCACUAGAUUCUGUACUACGGGGUAAAGAACUGCACAACAUGCUAAGUCACAUCACCCAUACAGCAAUGUUUGACAAGGGAGCUAAGUAAAAUUAAAAGUAAAUAAGCAGAAACAAAACAUAAUAUAUCCUUUCUUAACAAUGAAUUAAGGGUCUCUUAUCAGGCAUGGCUCGUUGCUCUGUAUCUCCUAUGGAUAAUAGGGAGCUCCGGUAAUAGGUUUGGGGUGUCUGGUCAUCUGAUCCCCAGCAGCGGCAGAUGUGGUAUAAGUGUAGGGAAGUCCCAGAAAGAGUCCCGCCCCUUCGCUCAGCAUAUACCCUCCGGUGUCACUGCCGCUAUUUCCUCCAGCCCCAACUUGAUGUCAUGUUCGUCUGCUUACGUAUGUGAUGGGAUGCUGGUGAGUGAUCUGGAUGGGACCUGCUGCUUGCGGUUUGUCGGUGUCCUGCCCCCAGUGUACGGGUGCUGCUUGGGUAGGCUUGCCGGCUCAUCGUGUAUCCUGAGUUGGUCUGUGGCUUGGGGAGGGCCGGUUGUGUCUCUCGCGGCACCGCCGUGGCAGCCUGGUGUAGUCGCAUAGUUUUGCUUGUUGGCGGGAAUCGGCGCCUGCCGCGCCUUCAUUUUUUUGCAAGCUAUGUUUGGUGAGGAGCUUUUCUGAGGCAAGUUUGGGACAGCAAUACCAGCGGUAAGUUUCCAGCUGGGUUACGAACAGCGGCCUGUCGUUCCUCAAGUUUCCUCCAAAAGGCCUAGAAUAUUUUGUUCAGUCACUUCAGGGUCUCCGACUCCUAUGUAGUUUUGACAGGCCGGGGCUGACGCAGCUGCCACGGUACCUGCAGGCAUCCCUCAGGGACCGGGAUGACCCCCGCCGGUCCAUAGGGGAGGGGGAACAGAGACCCUUGUUCAAAGUUUCUGCCAGUGAUGGUGGCGGUGGAGCGGCUGUUUCCCUCGCGCCUAUCAUGCUGGUAGGCAGCAAGCGGUGUUUCGGUUUAUUUCGCGGGGUAUGCUGCAUAUUUGUUAUCGGCUUUUUGAUCUCGUUCUGACCGCUCCAAUGGUGGCCCCUAUAGUGCCCUUGGGGUUCGAUGGACACUUAAUUGGGGUAAAAUUGGCCUCCAGGAGUGGGAGCAGCUCUACCUUGCAUCCGCUCGGCUCAGCAGUCAGGCCCCGCCCCCAAUAGCUGAUAUCUUUGAUUGUGGCAGGCGGAUGACACAGGUAGAAGUGUCUAUCUCGAAACCUAGGAAUUCAGUCACCUGGGUAAGGGAAACUCAUGUAAAAUAAAGGAGGGAAAAAAUAUAAAGGGAAAGUAUAAGUAUUAGAAAAAAGAUAUACCUCAGAAAAUAGAGAUAAAAUAAGUGAAACAAUAAGUGACAGAAUAAAAGAAACAUCAGAAAAUCAAGAUAAAAUAAAAUACAGUAAUCCCCACAAAGUGGGACACAGUGGCACUCUGACCUGUGCUGGUGUGAAGCAGCAAAGAAAGAAGAAGAAGCUGAUUGUGGGAGGAACUUUUAUUGCCUGUGUUCCUUUUUUCUGAUUGGUUUAUCCUGUUACUUUGUGAAAGUUAUGCUGCUGUGGAGCUUAAGGAAAGAAAAAACAAAGUACAUUGAUGAUGGUAGAUGUGCCUAAAAAAUCCAAUAGUGUAAAACUAAAAAAAUGAAGGCUCAAACAAAGAAAAUGUUGGUGCAAUAUUGUAUAUUCGGUUUAGAUAGGUGAAUAAUUGAAUGAAAUGAUAGUCACAAAGAUGGAGCCGUCAAUAGGCUCAAUCACAGCAUAAUGUGUAGUUUAAGACUACACUCCUAUAAGCAUGAACCAAAUGCCCAGAAGUGUGUGUAAAAAUUUUUACUAUUUAUUAAAGCGUAUCUCCCGCAGUAUGCCUGCACCAGAUCAGUGUGGCCACGCUGUCACAGUGCCCGAAUGACAUUGCGAGGUGACCUCAUCUGAUCGGUGUGGUCACACUAAAGGAGGGAGAGGUUACUCACCUUGCAUCCAGCACCUCUCCCUCUGCACAGCUCCUGUGACAGUGGCCGGGCCCAGUGUUAGGAAGGACGCCGGCCGCGGCAAGGCAGAGCUAUAUAUUAGCGCCACCCAUAAUUAUAUCACUAGUGACGUGAACGUGCAGGCGGCCUCAAGUUCUCGCUGUGCAAGCACCUUCUGGGGUCAUGGAACCCAAUUUAGCAAAUAGGUUUACAGGGUUAUAUAGAGAUAGAGAAAAACCUAUCAGGGAGAAUGUGUCCGGUUACUCUGAGGUAGGGGGGAAUAACCCCAAGGAUUAAUGAACUAAAGAAUAGAUAGAAGGAAAAAAAAGGGUGAACCAUUUAGUAGAUGAACCCUUCUGAAAUCCAAGUAACCCAGAUAAAAAGUAACAUUUAAUUUAGUGUAAAGAAUUUAUGUAAUAAAAAAAUAAGAAUAAGCAGAGUAAAUAUAGCUUCUGCUUAGAUGGGAGUAAAUAAAACUCCUUAAUCACAUAAGGAAAAAAUAUAUAAGAAGAGCCUUAACGGCGAAACGCAUGUCGGGACUUUAUUUGUAUGGUGUGGCUUCUAUGAUGAGGGAAGACAUGCUUUAAUAUAUUCAGACUAUACCACCCAUACAAGAUUUAUUAUUUUAUUAUAUAUAUUUAUUUAUUUCAUUUGCACUUUUUCUUCUAUUCUUUAUUCCAGUUUUCGUUCUGUGAUUUCUAAACAUCCUGCAUUUACUCUAGUUAGAGGAGGAGAGGUGGUUACUAGUAUUUAACCCCUUAAGGACCAAACUUCUGGAAUAAAAGGGAAUCAUGACAUGUCACACAUGUCAUGUGUCCUUAAGGGGUUAAGUGGUGCCCUCGAAGGCACAGCAGAGUAGGGAAGCUAGUGUCUCCACUUUUAGUGUCUCCACUUUUAGCUUUCUCUCCUGCCUAUAUAUACCAUUUUUUGCAGGGCUUGCCGUUCUACUAGUAUUCAAACCACAUUUAUCUGUUUCCCUCCUCUCUAUUUAUUAGACUGGCAACAUUUCUUACAUUUGCUGUUAUUCUGUAUCUACUUUUUGCAGUAUUUCCUCUUACGUCUAACUACCACUGACUCAUAGAGUGAUAUUAUUGAAUUCUUAUUAUUUAUUUAUUCCUGUUAUUUCUUUAUGUUAUCCAAAUAAUAGGGUUGUAUUUCUUUAUUACUUUAUUUAUUUUUUCCUUAUGUGAUUUAGGAGUUUAAUUUACUCCCAUCUAAGCAGAAGCUAUAUUUACUCUGCUUAUUCUUAUUUUUUAUUACAUCAAUUUUUUUCACUAUAUUAAGUAAAAGUUACGUGUGUGACAUGUCAUGAUUCCCUUUUAUUCCAGAAGUUUGGUCCUUAAGGGGUUAAACCCAAACCUGCAGGUGUUCAGUGCCGUGUCGUGGUUUCCAUCCCGUUGGUUAUCCAAGAGCGCGUCCAUGUUUAUUGUAUCUUUGGUUUUUUAUCUUGGCUUGACUUCCCGUAUUUCUGGUGUCCCUGAUCCUUUGGCUCUGUUCUUACCGUAUUUGUUCCUUUCUGUAUUCCUGAUCUCGGCUCAUUACUGGUUAUUCUUAUACGUUAAAUUCGGCCAUUCUAAGGCCUGGUAAUACAUUGUUACUGUUUGUUAUUUUUCCGUGUUUGACUUCAUUCUGCAUGUUGGGCCACUGGUUCAUCCUGACAUGGUGCUGGCUAACAUUUUUUUGCAGGGCUGCAUUGUAUCCCCAGUCCAGCCUUGCAAAAAAGGGGACAGCAUGGAUGUCAUUACAAUUAUGCCCCCCUCCUCCUGAAAAAAUUCCUGCAGCCCAUGAGCCUAUAGCGCUCCAACAUUUGAGUAGGAUGGGUCUCUAUACCACACAUAUAAUUCCUUGAAGUUCAUCCCUGACUAACGAUCAUGUCUAACACUUUGUGUUAAACUACAGAGUAUAAAGAGUGGUCCACCACUGGACCAAUGGGUUUGAGCCAUUAAUAAUUGGAACAAAUCAAAUUGUGGAAAUGGAUAAAUUUUAUUAUUAUUAUUAUUAUUAUUACUGGUAUUUAUAUAGCACCAGCAUAUUCCGCAGCGCUUUACAAUAUUAUCAAAAGGGGCGAUUUAACAAUAAAUGAGACAAUUGCAGAAAACUUACAGGAACAAUAGGUUGAAGAGGGCCCUCCUCAAAUGAGCUUUCAGUCUAAAGGAGGUGGGACGUAAAACACAACAGGACAGGAGAUAGCUAUUAAAUAAGGUGGAGUGAAGCAGAGCUGGAGGAGAGAAUAGAGUGCUGCCCUUUAGGAGAGAACAAGGGGCAGGUAUGUGAGGUAGAGGUUACUCUGUGUGGCCAUAAGAUUUCCUAAAGAGAUGGGUUUUGAGGCACUUUUUAAAUGAUUAAAGACUAGGGGAGAGCUUGAUGGUCGUAGGCAGGCUAUUCCAAAGGAAAAGAGCCACCCGCCAGAAGUCCUGCAAGCGUGAGUUAGCCGUACGGGAGUGAGCAGCUGACAGGAGAAGAUCAUGGGCAGAGAAGAAGAACAUGAUCAAAAGUGUCAAAGGCAGCAGAGAGCUCAGGAAGAAUUCACAUGGAGUAGUGCCCUUUGGAUUUAGCUGUGAUUAGGUCAUUGGUGACUUUAAUAAGAACAGUCUCAGUAGAAUGGAGGGGGCGUAAGCCAGACUGAAGAGGGUCAAGGAGAAAGUUGGAAUUGAGGAAACAAGUCAAACGGGUAAAGACCAGUCUUUCUAGAAGCUUUGAGGAAAAAGGGAGCAGGGAUAUGGGACGAUAGUUAGAAGGGGAGUAUGGUGUAAGAGUUUUUUUAAAGAUGGGUACUAAAGUAGCAUGUUAUAGGCCAGCAGGGACAACACCAGAAGAGAGAGAGCAGUUGAAGAUGUGUGUUAAGGAAGGCACAAAAUAAGAGGAGAGAGAUCUGAUAAGGUGAGACGGGACCAGUGGCAGAUCCAGGGGGGCAACGGGGCAAUUGUCCCCCCCCCAAGAUUCUCCCCUGCUGGCUAACGCAGGGCUGGCAUUGUCAAAGUGCCUGCAAUGUGUCUGCGAACCGAGGAGGGAGAUCAGAGAUCUCCCUCCCCAGUUCGCAGGCACUGUGCUGGCAGCCAGCGGGGGGAGUGAGAGAGGACCCGGGAGCUCGGCCUGCAGUUCCUCCGGGUCCUACUCUCGCGAGCACAAAGCGUUGCCGCGGUUACCAUGGCAACGCUCCAAAUCUCCCCUCCCGAGAUCAGGCUCUGGAUCCGCCACUUGAUGUGACAGGAUCAAGCGGGCAAGUGGUGGGGCGAGAGGAAAGGAGAAGUGCAGCCACCUCUUGUUGCCUGGGAGAAAGUAUGAAGGGUAGAAAAGGCAUGAUACAGGUGUGGUUGAGAAAUAGAGGGGCAAGGUGGUGAGAAUUCUUUCCUUAGCUCUUCAAUCAUGUCGGUAAAGUAGCAUGCAAAGCUAUCGGCUGUAGGGUUAGUUUGUAAGGUAAGUUUGGGGGAUGGCAGUAGCGGGGCAAAGAAGGGAGUUAAAGGUAUUAAAAAGACGCCUGGGAUUGCGGGAGCAUCACCUAAUGAGGGAGGAAAAGUCUGACUGUUUGGCAAGAGCAAGGGCUGCGCUGUAUAAACGCAACAUGAAUUUGUAGUGGAGGAAGUCUGACUGGGUGCAUGACUUCCUCCAGUAGCGUUCAGCAGAACGGGAGCAUCUCUCCAGGUAGCGUGUUGAUUUAGUAUGCCACAGUUGUGGCCGUGUUCUCCUCAAGGUACAUGUUUGGAGCAGGGAUGCAGCGUCCAGGGCAGAGGUGAGGGUAGUGUUAUAUGAGCUGAUAGCCAGUGAGGAACAGAAGAAAGUAGGGAUGUGUAGAAGUUGGGAAUCAAUAUUAGUUGAUAGCUGCUGGAGGUCAAUAUAAUUCAGAUUUCUUCAUUCAUUCAGAUUUGAAUGAAUUUCAAAUGAUGAGAAAGAGAGGGAAGGAGGGGUGGGUAGAGGUUUGAAGGAGCAGUGAGGUGAGAGCAGAAACCCUACACCAUCACCUUUGCUUUCAGAGUGUCUUGGGUUGUGGGAAAAUCGAAGACCCCCAAAGAUAGAAAGGCAGGGGUAGCGGUGUCAGAGGGAGAGAGCCAUGUUUCAGUUAAGGCUAGUAAGUCUAGGGAAUGAGAGAUGAAAAACCGUGCACAGCAAUGGAUUUAGUAACACUGCAAACAGAGCAUGCAUUCCAGAGUGCAGAAUGGAAAGAAGAAGAGAUUAUUGUGAUUCCUGCAGUUAGCACAUGGUGGGACCAGGAUUUGGAGAGUCAUCACCAGCUGGUAGGAACUGAUAGAUGUAAGAGAAGGUGGGAGUAGGAUUUAAACAUUUUGUGAGAGGGUUUGUAUUUAGAGGAUUUAGAAAGGGUUGGUGGAGAUAGGCAUAAGUAGAGUGUAUGGGAUGAAUAGAGAGGGGAGGGAAGUAAAGUGGGAGCAAUAAAAAUGGUGUCACCAGGGACAGGUGAGCAGAGGGAUAAAGAGAUUUAGCUAAUUAGAGAGGUGAGAGUGAAAGUAAAGAAUGUAAGGGAGAGCAUUCUCUAAGGAGAAUAAAGGAGUUUACAGUUGCAAGAAAAAGUAUGUGAACCCUUUGGAAUGAUAUGAUUUUCUGCACAAAUUGGUCAUAAAAUGUGAUCUGAUCAUCAUCUAAGUCACAACAAUAGACAAUCACAGUCUGCUUAAACUAAUAACACAGAAAGAAUGAAAUGUUGCCAUGUUUUUAUUGAACACACCAUGUAAACAUUCACAGUGCAGGUGGAAAAAGUAUGUGAACCCUUGGAUUUAAUAACUGGUUGAACCUCCUUUGGCAGCAAUAACUUCAACCAAACGUUUCCUGUAGUUGCAGAUCAGACGUGCACAACGGUCAGGAGUAAUUCUUGACCAUUCCUCUUUACAGAACUGUUUCAGUUCAGCAAUAUUCUUGGGAUGUCUGGUGUGAAUUGCUUUCUUGAGGUCAUGCCACAGCAUCUCAAUCGGGUUGAGGUCAGGACUCUGACUGGGCCACUUCAGAAGGCGUAUUUUCUUCUGUUGAAGCCAUUCUGUUUAUUUACUUCUAUGCUUUGGGUCAUUGUCCUGUUGCAACACCCAUCUUCUGUUGAGCUUCAGCUGGUAGACAGAUGGCCUUAUGUUAUCCUGCAAAAUGUCUUGAUAAACUUGGGAAUUCAUUUUUCCUUCGAUGAUAGCAUUCCGUCCAGGCCCUGACGCAGCAAAGCAGCCUCAAACCAUGAUGCCCCCACCACCAUACUUCACAGUUGGGAUGAGGUUUUGAUGUUGGUGUGCUGUGCCUUUUUUUCGCCACACAUAGUAUUGUGUGUUUCUUCCAAACAACUCAACUUUGGUUUCAUCUGUCCACCGAAUAUUUUGCCAGUACUGCUGUGGAACAUCCAGGUGCUCUUGUGCAAACUGGAAACGUGCAGCAAUAUUUUGUUUGGACAGCAGUGGCUUCCUCUGUGGUAUCCUCCCAUGAAAUCCAUUCUUGUUUAGUGUUUUACAUAAUGUAGAUUCGCUAACAGGGAUGUUAGCAUUUGCCAGUGACUUUUGUAAGUCUUUAGCUGACACUCUAGGAUUCUUCUUCACCUCAUUGAGCAGUCUGUGCUGUGCUCUUGCAGUCAUCUUUACAGGACGGCCACUCCUAGGAAGAGUAGCAGCAGUGCUGAACUUUCUCCAUUUAUAGACAAUUUGUCUUACCAUGGACUGAUGAACAGCAAGGGAGAUACUUUUAUAACCCUUUCCAGCUUUAUGCAAGUCAACAAUUCUUAAUCGUAGGUCUUCUGAGAGCUCUUUUGUGCAAGGCAUCAUUCACAUCAGGCAAUGCUUCUUGUGAAAAGCAAACCCAGAACUGGUGUGUGUUUUUUAUAGGGCAGGGCAGCUGUAACCAACACCUCCAAUCUCAUCUUAUUGAUUGGACUCCAGUUGGCUGACAUCUCACUCCAAUUAGCUCUUGGAGAUGUCAUUAGUCUAGGGGUUCACAUACUUUUUCCACCUGCACUGUGAAUGUUUACAUGGUGUGUUCAAUAAAAACAUGGCAACAUUUCAUUCUUUGUGUGUUAUUAGUUUAAGCAGACUGUGAUUGUCUAUUGUUGUGACUUAGAUGAUGAUCAGAUCACAUUUUAUGACCAAUUUGUGCAGAAAUCCAUAUAAUUCCAAAGGGUUCACAUACUUUUUUGUGCAACUGUAUAUUAUAAAGAAGGAUAAUUAGGAUUUUUAGUUAUGCAAAAUUACAAUCUAUUUGAACCUGUGCUCCCACAGCAUUUAGCCAGAGUCUUUCCUCAGAAUGAGAUCAUGUGACAUUUCAUGUAUUCCAUUUGUCUAUUUUGGCUUAAAUUUUCAUAGUCUUGCAUACAUUCUUUCUUUCUUUUUCUUUCUUUCUCUCUCUCUCUCUCUCUCUCUCUCUCUCACCUUCUGUCUUCACUUCAGCAUCUCCUUCCUUCCUUCUCUCAUCACUUCAGCAUGUUUCUCUCUGCCUCCAUUUCUUUAUUUCUCUCUUUCCUCACUUCACCAUCUUUCCCUUCCUUUUUUCCUUCCUUCCCUCCAUCCAACCCUCUCUACCUCCCUCACCCCAAAGAAAGUGUCAUGCUUGCUACUAGAAAGGAAUUUGAAAAUACUGUAACUAUUACUGCCCUCUGCGUUACAGACUGUUUCAGUCUACGAUACACAACUGAACUAUUGAAUCACUCACUAUGUUACUUUGUUCGUAUGUUUGAUAAUUCUGGACUCCUGACCUCGGCUUGUCCUGAUUACUCUGUUAGCUUUCAACUCCUAUGGUGACAUAGGUCCAGAACAUCACUUUGUCAUUUUCCAAUUUUGAAAUGGACAUCUAAUAUAUUUGCAACUUGACUUCCCCCCCAAAAAACUUAAACAAUCAGUAUAUAGCGUUACUAUUAUAACAGUGAGACUAUGGUAAAUAAAAAUACUGAGGCUUUAAUGUACCAAGUCAUAUCAGGAUUUUGAAAUGUCCUGUAAAAAUGAAAUUCAUGUGUGUGAAAAAACACUAAUAAAAGACUAACUUAUAAAUGGGGCUAACGUUUGUGAUAAAGUGGCUAGACCCUUCUACUUAAAUUAUGCCAUUUGGAAUACUCAGGGUUGCCUACUUUUAAAAAUAAUAUGCCAUUAGAGGCUAAUUUUCAUUCCUAGGCUGCCAUACUGCCUCAAAGGCAACAUAGGCCCAGAAAAUCACUUUGUCAUUUGGAAUAGAGUGAGGUGUUGGAAAGGGAUGUAGUGUGUAUUGUGUAGAAUAUAGUGAGGUGUGGGAAAGGGAUGUAGUGUGUAUUGUUUAGGUUAUGUAGUGUGUGUAUGGAAUAUGGUGAGGUGUGGAAAAGGAAUGUAGUGUGUAUUGUGUAGGUUAUAUAGUGUGUGUAUGGAAUAUAGUGAGGUGUGGGAAAGAGAUGUAGUGUGUGUAGGGAACACGGUGUGGUGAGAUAUGGAUGUAGGGAACACACUAUAGUGUGGGAUAGGGAUGAAGUUUGUAUGUUUGUAGGUGUGUAAGUCACAUAGUAUGGGAUAGGGAUGUAGUGUGUGUGUGUAGGACACAUAGUGUGGGGUGGGAUAGGGAUGUAGUGCGUGUAGGGCACAUAGUGUGGGUGGGAUAGGGGUGUAGGGCACAUAGUGUGGGGUGAUCAGGAUGUAGUAUGGGUAGGACACAGUGUGGGGUGGGUUAGGGAUGUAAUGUGUGUAGGGCACAUUGGGUUUAAAUGUUGCAUUCUUAAUGAUGCAAAGUAUAAAUAAAACACACAACAACCUUAAAUAGGUUUAUUUUGAUAAAUUAAAACAUUUUGCGAAUGGCCGUGACUUUUAUUACGAAUUUCACAAUCCCAAUUUAAACAUCCAUAAUAAUAUUAAUAAUAAUCAACUAUCACUUUAAACCAAAACCAAAUAAUCAUUAACCAUUUCCAGGCUCCGUCCCUUAAAGGACCACUAUAGUGCCAGGAAAGCAAACUCGUUUUCCUGACACUAUAUGGUCAUUAGGUUCCCCCCCAUCCUCAUGGCAACCCCUUCAAACCCUUCUCCUUUUGUCUGAUAUUUGGGUAUAAUGUGUUUUCUUACAGUUCUCUUAAUUGCAAAAAACCUGUUUGAGGUUGCUACUUCUAAAUUUUUAGACUUGCUGCCCUUUCUAUGCACGACAGGAAACCCUACAAAUUUCACAGGUGCACAAAACCUUGUUGAAGCUACUCUUUCGGGUUUUAUGUUGAUUUUUUUUGUAUUUUAUAUCUGGGACAGGAAACUCACUAGCUCUCAACAAUGCAGAAGUAGUAGCAUAUAGUAGAUGUACAUUAAAUAACACUCAUUUAUAUAUGAUGUAAAAAUGUACAUUGCUGCUAAUUUAGUGUGGAGCUCUGAUUUCUUUCAUGUUAUUUUCUAUUUGAUAAUUUUUUUACCUGGGUCCACUUAAAAUGUAUCCGUCAUGUUACACAACUUAAAGGGACACUCCAUUGCCCAAAAUAAAUAGAUAAAUAUAUAUAUUUGUUGUGAGGUGUAAGGGAUACUCACUAAGGUGUUUUGAGGACUUUCUAUUGUAUUUCAUUGUGUCACACUGUAAUACUAUUAUAUUGCAUUGUAGAUAAAUAUAUAUAAUCACUGUUUAGUAGAUAUACCCUGUGACAAAACCCCUACUUUGCUUUCCCCAGAGUCAUUCUCCUACUCAGUUCGGACAUUUCCUUAAUAUUUUAUUCCUCUAUUCUGAUACCAUUCGAAGAGACUAAGUACAGAACACCGACCACUGCCCUGGCUUAUUAAGUUCAAACAAACCACAAGAAUUCAGUGCUCUCUUUGUGUUCCUAUAACCGAACGCCACGUGGUGGAGAAAACGGUGGCCAUCUUUUUGCAUGAAAGCAGUCAGUGGGACUUAGUCGUUGAGUGCCUGGAACUCUGAGGCAGCCACUCGACGGUCCAAACACUGGUGAAAACAUACGAACGCCUGUUUCUGUUCGCGGCAAGCCAGGAGAGCGCUGUUCGGCAGGUUUGUUCAACUGAAUGUCCCGAACAAACACUGUCCUAUGAGACAGAGGAUCUGUUCACCAUUUUAUCCAUUCAACUUUUUAUUUUUUUAAAAACUCUCAAACUAGACCGACCGCUACCUCUAAAACUAUGGAACUAUUUUGGGUAAACAUCUCCAGAGCGGUCAGUCAAAUCUUCACCCCAGGAGCGAUUCGACUAUGUUCAUGGGAUCUGAGCGCUUUUCGGAUAUGUUUGGCGCUCAGAUCCAAGCUAUCUGGUGAUAUGUAGACUAUGGGGGUUCAGGUAUGCGAAAUAUGACUUUAUGUAAGUGUUUUGUGAAAAAGUAAAUAAUCUCUGUGCCUGGAGACAAUGGAGUUUAAUACAGAACUUAACCCAAUUAUCUCCCAAGUACAGAGGAGGGAUUAUACUGUUGUAUGUGGGAGUAUCCUGGACCUGAGAGUCAAUGUCAUUGGGUGAUUGUUUUGUACUGCUUUCCCGUCUCCGAGGGAAGUGCCCCUUGCAUGUGGACCUGCAUAAAAGGCCAGCGUUGGCUUCCAUUAAACACAUUGUUUUAUCCCUUCAUGAAGUCUUGGCUCAUGUUUGGGGAAUUGAGUUAUAAUCACUACAACUUCUUCUAUGCCUGGAUUUUGGGAGAUUCUUCACAGAUAUACUCAGUCGAUGUAUAGGGGAUCCAUUACAUACCCCAAAUGAAAAAACGCAUUUUGUUUUAUUGCAUGUAUAUCGAAAAACAGCUUGUAAAAGCUGCAGAUCUCUGGCCUAAAGCCUUUUCCAGCCCUCCCCUACUAAGCCAGCCAAUGCUUUAUGUCGCUGUCCAAUCACAGACUUCCAAUGCAGCGUAAUGAGAAGUCUUUGUGAUUGCUGCCUCUUGAGUUUAACUCCUUUGAGCUAACCAAACCAGGAAGUAACAGGACUAGCUGUCUACUUGAAAGCCAUGGGGGUGUACCAGAUUAAUUUUAAAAGGGCCAAUUUCUAUUGAAAUCUGCACUUUUUGCAAAAUGACAAAUAGGACACACUCGUGUCACAUAAAGCAUUUCAGCAAGCUAAAUUGGAGUGUUCCUUUUUUAUGAAAUUAUAACUAUAUCACAUUUCAUCUACUCAAAGAUUGUUAAUAAAUGUAUAGAUUAUAUAACACCAUUACAUGACUCCCAACAUCCUCCACAUCAGCAGGACAAUCAUUAUUUUUUGGUCCUCUCCUGCCAUCCCAACUUUGUUUCUGGUAUCCCACUUUUGAGGGGGGGUGGAAUAAUGAGACACUUAGGGGGACUAAGGGAAUUAAGUACAUUGGGGGACUGUGACACAUGGGGACUGAAAUACAUGAGGGAAUGAGAUACAUGGGGGGGACUGGUGGAAUGAAAUACAUGGGGUGGCUGGGGAGAUGCGUCACCUGGCAAUGACAGACAUGGGGGAUAAGGGAAUAAGACACAUGUGCAGCUGUGGGAAUUAGACACAUGAAUGGGGGGCUAAGGGAAUAAGACACGGGCGUUAAUAGAAUGAGACACAUGGGGGGCUGGGGGAAUAAGACACAUGGGGGCUGGGGGGAGAAUGAGACACAUAAGAGGGCUGGGGAAGAAUGAGACACAUAAGAGGGCUGUGGAGAAUGAGACACAUAAGAGGGCUGGGGGAGAAUGAAACACAUAAGAGGGCUGGGGGAGAAUGAAACACAUAAGAGGGCUGGGGGGAGAAUGAGACACAUAAGAGAUCUGGGGGGAGAAUGAGACACAUAAGAGGGCUGGGGGAGAAUGAAACACAUAAAAGGGCUGAGGGGGAAUGAGACACAUGGGAGGGCUGGGGGGAGAAUGAGACAUGUGGGGGGACUGGGUAAAUGAGACAUGUGGGGUGGCUGGGGGGAUGAAAUUGGUUCUGUUGAAUACUCCAAUAAAUUAAAUUGUGGGUCUUGAAUAUUUCAAAAUUUUAACAUGAGGCUCCCAGAGACAUGAAGUUUAGCCACCCCUUUUAACUGUGAACAUUGCAGUUGCUGAGUUUAUGUACUCUUCAAAGAAAUGCACAUUUUAAAGUCCAUCAUGUGGAUAUCUAACUUUAUUUUUACAGUAAAAAGUGUUUGACAUUUUCAAAGGGGUUUUGUAAGCUGCAAGUAAAAAUCCCAGAAUUCUUUGAUAGCCAGCUGCUGUGAAAUGUACUCUGCUUGUAGAACACGAGAUAUACAUUCCUAUCUGUUACCACUUGCAUGUCUGAUGCAUUAUAUGAUUAUUUCUCAUACUCUUUACUUUCCCAUCACUUCCCAUUUCUGCUAAUGAAUAAAGGGUGUAGAACCCAACAUUGCAUAUGUGAUGCUAUUUUGGGCACCAGUUUUGCAGAACUAGAAAUGGUGUAGAGACGAUCUACAAAAUUAAUAGAGAUGGGGUGGAGGGUGCUUUAUGUUGUGAAACAUUCUGUUGACUUCCAUGGUGAUUGCUCCUUACUUUGCACAUUGCCCCAUUUUUGCCUUGAUAGUUGUCACCUCUAACCGUGUGCCUAAUAACCUUCUACUCAAUGUAUUAUGAUUUAAUGUGUUUCCUUUAUAUUUGUUUCAGGGUUCCCGCAUUACACGUCACAGAGAGCUGAACAUGAAUCAUUACGCAAACAAAAAAAGUGCAGCAGAAAGUAUGCUGGAUAUAGCCCUCCUCAUGGCGAACGCCUCCCAGCUGAAAGCUGUCAUAGAUCAAGGACCCACUUUUAACUUCUACAUCCCUCUCAUCGUCCUUAUAUCAAUCUCACUCGUAUUGCAAAUUGUGGUGGGCGUUCUCCUAAUCUUCAUUGGUUGGUAUCAAUCUAUCUGUCUAUUGUCUACCAGCCUUGACCUAAUCCAAAUGCAUUACCCCUAGACUCCCAUAAACUCACACAUUCCUAUAUGUACCUGACAGAAUGGUGUCUGAAAUGCAAGUGCAGUUAUACAUGUUAGAGGGACUGUCAUAUUAUUUUGAUUUAUUUUUACCUCUGCUUUAUCAUUAGAAGCCAAAGUGAAACCCCCCAACCCCCCAACGGACGUGUCUGUUUAUUUUUGGUAUUCAAUUUACAUUUACAGGCUUAUUCACUGAAGGCUGCAUUUCAAAUGUUACAGCAAAAAAAAAGAAUUUGAAAAACUCUCUAAGUCAAUACUGUCUGAACAAUUAUUUGAAUUCACACUUUAAUUUAUAACUCUGUGUAUCCUGCCUUGGAGCUGAUUGUAAAGUUGUAUGGCCAUUACAAUCAGGAGCAAAUGUCGGUGUGAGAUGUCUUUUGUUGUUUUUUUUUACACCAUCGAAAGUCUUGUUUUUAGGUAAUUCAAGCACAGGGACAUAAUUUGGUCCAUUACAUGUAAAUGUUAAAACGGAAUGUGAAAAAUGGAAGAGCUUCCAGUUGUGUGGAUCUAUACAUUAUCUAUGCAUUUGAUAAAUACAUGGCUGGCAAAAUCUAUACAUUAACUAUGCAUUUGAUAAAUAUAUGGAGAAUACAGUGUAUAGAUUUAGUUGUAUUACUUCAGACUGUCAUUCAUGUCAUGUCAUGCUUACUGUUGAUACAUUUUCAUGCAGAUUUACUUCUUAGUUUCAUAUCGGUCCAUUCUCCGAGUAUUGCUUUAUACCGCUUGAAUUUUUUUCAAUUUAAGAGUAAUGACAUGGUUUUUAUUUUGCAGUGAAAUAUGACCUUAACAACCCAGCUAAACACGCUAAACUGGAUGACCUCAACAAUGCCGCCACCGGCCUCGUAUUCAUUAUUGUUGUUGUAAACAUUUUCAUUACGGCCUUUGGAGUUCAGAAACCUGUGGAUGAUGCCCCUAAAUCAUAACAUCCAAUCAAUUGAGCGGCCAUGUUUAGAGCUGCUAGGUAUGUGGUAACUUAAAUAAUACUCCAAACAUUUCAAAUGGACAAAGAGGGAAAUUUUCAUUUUUGGGGUAUGAAUGCAGGUGUGACCAGGGGCAAAGCUAUUCUGAGAAAUUUUAGGUGGCUUAAUAAUUUAUGCAAAUAAAAUGUAAAUUAGGACAAGAACAUUAUUUACACAGACAGAUUUCUGAACAAAUUUAUUGUAGUGUAAAGAUACAUUACUGCUUGCCUCCCAAGUGUCUUUUUUUUAGCAGGACAGUCACAAUUUUAAAGUGCUGUUCUGGCCUCAAGCUUUAGUUUCCUGGUGUCUCGCAUUUGGUAACAGUGUGUAUUGUUAGACGCGCUCACACUGCAUAGGACUAUGCUUUAGCAGCGCUCUCUGCAUGGUCCUGAAAGCUGGGAGUCGACAAGACAGCCUGUCAGGUGGCAGGCUGACCCGCCUGAUUUUGGAUCAGACUGCCCCUAUUCCAGACGGCCUGCCCAUUGUGGGCAUCGCUAGUGACACAGUUUGCAUCACUGGUAAAACCCUGUCAGGACUCUGCCCAAACAAAUUGCUUUUUAGAGGACCAGUGUUGGGAGGUAUGUUACUGUGAGUAUCAUUGCUUUAAAGUUCUGUUAUACACUCACACACCAACAAUAUGGAGCUCCUAGAAAAGGACAUUAGGAUGUUGGCCCAAAAUAGGGACUGCCCCUUCUAAAUAGGGACACUUGGGAGGUAUGCUUAAAGUUGUAACCAACACUAAGGUUACAGGUUACUCAUUACAAUUGUGCCAUAAUGCACUCAGCAAAAAGCCCCAUCCAAAGAUUUCAAUAUUUCCGCUCAAGUGGCCAAGAAUACAUCUUUAAUUUGAUCCAAAAAGUCUGCGUGACUUCUCACAAUAAAGCGAACUGUAUUAAAUUUGCUUGUGCAAUCUGUUCUUAUCCACUUGUAUUACGCCCAUACCUAUCUCCACACUAGAGAACUUGAAGGUUACUAAUUAACCUCUUGUUAGUAUUAGGCAAAUAUUAAACGUGAUUGUAUGUGGAAGGACUAUGCUAGAAGGUGCUAUUUGUAUAAAAAAUCAGAUUGUAAUGUAUAUGACGGGGCUAAUGUUUUAACACUGCAUUUAGGCGUUUUAAUGGUGCUGUUAGCUGGUCAUUGUGUAUUUUGGUACUCCUCUAAUUAUAGAUUCUAACUUAAGUUAAGAGUUGUAGUUACACUUAGGCAGCAGUUACAUGACCUGUAAGGAAUUUUCAGGGGGACUUACUCUUUUAAAAAUAAGAAUUACACUUUCUACCAUUGUAAUAUUUAGAAAAAUAAAAGGAAUACUAUAGUGCUAGGAAUACAAAGCUGUAUUCCUGGCACUACCGAUCCCUCUGCCUCCCUCCCCGGUAAAUGAAGGGUUAAAAAAAUUCUCGGGAACUGCAAUGUUUAAGAUUGCAGCCCUGGGUGCAAAAGGGACACGGCACCCAGACCACUUCAAUGAGCUGAAGUGGUCUGGAUGCCUACAGUGUCCCUUUUAUGUAGCAGUAAGAUCCAAUGCAAAAUUACACCUUACAGAAUUCAAGCUGAACCCAGAACUUGUAUAUUGAUCAUCUAUUAAAAGGACUCCCUGUACACCCAAUCUACUACAGGUAUUUGGUUAAAUUAUGGUGCAGUGAAUCUUUCAAUGUUCUUCCCAGAUUUUAUGUUGAAGCAGUUUCAAACUGUUUGAAAAGAAAACACAAAUUUAUUUUUAUCAACACCCACAUUUCAUCCCCUCUGUAGCUGCUCAGAUAAUCAGAAAUUUUACUUAUGUAUAAUCUGACCAAAGCCAUGUAAUCUUAGAUGGCAGACAAAGGCUGCAAGCUCCCAUCUUAUCAUUGCUAAGGUGGGGUAAUGUGUUCUUCCUUAUCUACGUGGCAUGGCGUGCUAAAGUAAGACCCAUUUCAGACCUCUACUAAAUGGUUUGAGAUAAUCAGACAAUUGCAACAACUUUUCGCAUAUUAACCUCUACAGUGCUUCUAGAGUUCUGUACCUACGCUGAUAACACUGGCGUACAUACCAGAGUCGCAGGGGUCGCGACUGCGACCGGGCCCGGCCCACCAGGGGGCCCGGCCGCCCCUGCGACCCGGUAUGUACGCCCAGGGCCAGCCUCUUCCCCUGGGGGGCCCAGGAGCCGACCACCCCAGGGCCCCCUGAGGCUGGCCCUGCUGACCCCGGGUGGCCGGUCGGGCAGGCAGGCGGGCGCGCGAGGGAGCACUCAGUGCUUCCUCUUCAGCUCCCUCGCGCACCGCAAUGAUACCGGAGCCGGAAGAUGACGUCAUCUUCCGGCGCCGGCAUCCCUACGCGGCGCGCGAGGGAGCUGAAGAGGAAGCACUGAGUGCUCCCUCGCGCGCCCGCCUGCCCGACCGGCCACCCGCCCAGGAGCCCAGCACCACCACUGGACCCCAGGGAAUAAUCCCCCCCAGCACUCCAAAAGGUAAGGAGGCUGGGGGGAUUAUAUUAAAAAAAAAAAAAGUGUGAGUGUGAGUGUUAGUGAGUGUGAGUGUUAGAGUGAGUGUUAGAGUGUGUGUUAGAGUGAGUGUUAGAGUGAGUGUUAGUGUGUGUGUCUGCUAGUGAGUGUCAGUGAGUGUGUUACUGUGUGUGUCUUACUGAGUGUGUGUGUGUUAGUGAGUCUGUUUGAUGUCUGUUAGUGAGUGUGUGUUUGUCAAUGAGAGUGUAUGUUUUGUAAGUGAGUGUGUAUGUAUGUCUGUCGCUGACUGUAUCUCUGUCAGUAAAUGUGUGUGUCUGUUAGCUAGUGUGUAUGCGACUGUAAGUAAGUGUGUGUGUCUUCAGCACUUACCUUUCUCCAGCGCCGGACUCCCUUGGCGCUGAGGAUCCCUCAGCCUCUCAGCUCCGAAUGCGACCGCGCACGCAUUCAAACCGCCCAUAGGAAAGCAUUACUCAAUGCUUUCCUAUGGACGUUCAGUGUGCUCCUCUAGCGGCUGUCCGUGAGACAGCCACUAGAGGCUGGAUUAACCCUCAGUGAAACAUAGCAGUUUCUCUGAAACUGCUAUGUUUUCAGCUUCAGGGUUAAAACUAGAGGGACCUGACACCCAGACAACUUCAUUGAGCUGAUGUGAUCUGGGUGUCUGUAGUGGUCCUUUAAAGGACCACUAUAGUGCCAGGAAAACAUACUCGUUUUCCUGGCAUUAUAGUGCCCUGAGGGUGCCCCCACCCUCAGGGACCCCCUCCCGCCCGGCUCUGGAAAGGGGUAAAACUUACCUUUUUCCACCGCUGGGCGGAGAGCUCUCCUCCUCCGAUCCUCCUCUUCUCCUCCCCGUCGGCUGUAUGUGCACGCGCGGCAAGAGCUGUGCACGCAUUCAGCCGGUCACAUAGGAAAGCAUUCAUAAUGCUUUCCUAUGGACGCUGGCGUGCUCUCACUGUGAAAAUCACAGUGAGAAGCACGCAAGCGCCUCUAGCGGCUGUCAAUGGGACAGCCACUAGAGGAAAUAGGGGAAGGCUUAACCCACUCAUAAACACAGCAGUUUCUCUGAAACUGAUAUGUUUAUGAAAAAAUGGGUUAACCCUAGCUCGACCUGGCACCCAGACCACUUCAUUAAGCUGAAGUGGUCUGGGUGCCUAGAGUGGUCCUUUAAGUGUGUGUGCAUCUGCAUGCACUGGCGUACAUACCGCGGUCGCAGGGGUCGCAGCCCUGUAACCCCUGCGACCAGGUGCCCACCGCCAUGUGUUGCGGCCCAGCCCGCGCGGGGGGGCCCACGGAUCAAUUUUCGCACCGGGGCCCCAUGGGUCAUGUGUACGCCACUGGCUGAUAAGUAAGUAUUUUUCGGAAAUAUUUGGCAAGACUUGGGAGUGAAGUGUAUGUAUGGUUCUAAAGCAUCUAAACCACCUGCUCGUUCCUAAGUAUUGUACCAACUGAUAAGACAAUAAGGAAUUUGUUGUGCAUUUAAAGUAGUUUGUAGUUGUUGUUGGACUUUUAUGUGAAUUAUUAUUUUUCUAAAAAAGAUAUGUAUUUUCUUUGCACUUGUCAUUACAAAUAUGUCAACAGGUAUGACCAGUAUAAUAGGUAAUAACAGGUUAUUUUUAACACGAGCAGUGCUUGGUAAUCAUAUUUGUUUUCUAACACACCUAUCAUAUAACCCUGUGCCUGGGAGCAUCCAUACUUCAUUAUAAAUCAUGCUGCAUUCCCUAGGUGAAUAUCAAGGCAAACAAUAACAUUUUUAACUUUUUAUAGGUUAUAAAAAUGAUGGUCUUUCUCAAUAGCAGUAUGUGUAUCAGUAUUAGUGUCCCCCUUCACCAGUUUAAAUCUGCAUGUAUUUGCAGGCAGUUCCUUCUAGCCACCGCCUGGUAAAAUGUGAUAGCGUUACCAUGGUAACACAUGCUAAUGCUCUGAUACUGUAGAAGGAGCAGAGACCUUGGUUCAGCCACCCAAAUUCUCCUUCCUACCCUCGUUAUCAGAGGCCCUGGCAGAUGUUCUCCCUAAGGCAACCAUGGUGCACCUUCGUGUGCCAUCCAUGCAAGAGCCAACUUGGGAGACUCUGACUGCCUUGACUUGGCUUCUCAGUGGAAGGACGCCACAUGUUCUGGUACCCUCUUUAGAUAUGCUACUGCAACUUAGCCCUGCUCUGCUCAAUAUAGAAUGUUUUACCUCCAGCUACACUGUUACAUAUGCUGAAAAGAGAUGUGUCCAUCAAGUUCAGCCUUUGUAAAGUAAACACUAUGCUGUAAGACCUAAUUGAAAAUCAAACAAAUUUUUCUAUAUCGUCUGUGAGUGACAGCCAGUGGCGGUGUGAUUAAGGCUGUAUAAAAGGAAAGUAUAGUGAUUUAACUCCUAAAUGGCAGAGAAUUGAGCAGCGAGACUGUAUGGCCAUGAUUUUUUUUAAUUUUUUUAACAUCAGAAUAUGGUAUUUGCUGUUUCAUUCCUUGAAUAGUCAUAGUUGAAGUUAUCAAAUACCAAAUCAUCAUAUGUAUUGUUCAAUCUCUCUUUCUCUGUCUCUUAUCUAAUUACUUUUCUAUUUCCUUUUUUUUGUUUAUCUAAAAACUAUUAUAAUUUUAUUAAACUAUCAUAUACAUCACAGACUAACUAACAAACAGACAUUUGCUCGGUUCGCGGUGCAACAAAAAAAAAAGAAAGAUGAAAAAAUUCCCAUAUCAGGCUCGGAGGGGGGGUGGGGGGGCAACAUAAUUUCCUAUACAGAAAGGAAAAAGUACGGCUAGUGAAAAAAAAGAAAAGGAAAAAUCCACUAGGAAGAGAGAAGAUAAGGGGGAAAAAAAACCUCAUUGUUCAGGGUCUAGUUUUUAAUCCAUUUGUCCCAGUAGGUAAAAUGAUGUCCCUUUUUUGGUGCGGAGUUUGUGAUGGCCCUUUCCAUUUUACAUUGAAUAAUGCUUUGAGCAUGGAUCUUAGGCUAAUUAUCUACCUUAGGAGAUUUCCAAUUUCUGGCUAUUGAUGUUUUCACAGCCAUUAAGAUGUGAAAAAUAAUAGGUCUAAAUUCUUUAUUGAUCACCGUCAUAUCCAUAUGUAAUAGAGCCAUACUUUGAGUUAGAUUGAUCUUUAUUUCCAAUAUGAUAGAUAUUGGUUUAGUUCCUCCCAUAAGGGUCUAAUUUUCAGGCAAUCCCAACAAAUAUGUUUGAAGUAUGCAAUUAAUUCAUUACAUCUCCAACAAUUAGGUGGGGCUGUAGGAUACAUUUUUGCUAUUUUGUAAGCAUUUCUAUACCAUCUGUUUAGUAUUUUAUAAUAAGUUUUGUGUAUAUUUAAACAAUGACAAACUUUAUAUAGCGUAUUUAAGCACUUUUAAGCAGUUUUGUUGUAUAGAUCAUGCCCCUACCUACACUGUUCUAUACAACAAAACUGCUUAAAAGUUUUUGUUUGUUUUUGUGCUUAGAACAUCCCAUUAAAGCCAUUCAUUCAGUGAUUUAAUACUGAAGGGAAGGAUAGGGCUAGUGAACUCCAGGCAUUAUAACCAUUUGGUGAGUUGAAGUAGUUUGCCUGAAGUGUCCAUUUAAAUAUUUAUUUAGAGUGUAUUUUAAAAUUAAUUUGUCUUAAAAUGUAUAACUAAAAUUCUUUGUCUCACCUUUUCUUUUUCAGGUUUAACCCUGUGAAGAUACUGUAAGGUCCCAUUUUUUCAUAUGACAUGCAACAAAAUAUAAUGCCAACUUGUCUUCCUAUUAAAACUAGCCACAUGGACAAUGGAACUUUAUUACACACUUCCUGUGUGCGUCACAUAUUGUGGAAACAUGUCCUAAGACUACAAUCUAUUCAGAUAAUUCUUCUACAUUCAACAACAACAGAGGGGGGGAAAAUCAGCUUGUAGUUUUUACAGUCAUCCCUUUAUUUCGUGGAGAGGGGACCCAUUUAUUAGGACACCUAGUGAUGUACUAUCAUGAGACCUGGAUAUGUGUUUAAUUUUAAUACCACUGUUAAAGGGCAGAUAUUUAGGCAGUCACGUCUUGCGUUAAUGGACAAUUUGUCAGCAUGGCUUUUUGUACAUGGAUUAAUGAUCAAAUUCCAAUAUGAACCAUGCGUCCUGCACAUUUCCUGCACGUUUUGGAGCCAAAGGAUUUUUCUACCAGGCAUUUUUAUUUCUCUUCUUUAUUACUGCAAAUUAUUUUAUAGCAUGAGAUUGUUUACUACAAAUGGAAAAUGUGUAAAAAGUAGUUUAUUUUUUGUAUUUUUUUAAUGCUAUGUUUUAGAAUGCACCCAACAUCAGAUAGAAGGAAGACAUAUUUCAAUUAGAAGGACUUGCUAGGUUGUUCGUCCCUUUAUUUUCAUUCAUGUCCAGUUCUUGAAUGCUCAGUCCACAGCUCAGUUUUCUCGAGAAGGGAGAGAGCAUUCCCUAUUGUACAUGCGGUGUAUACACACUGCACACACAAUAUGGACAAAAUGUGGAACUGCGUGUUCCAGACACUAUACUGAUAACCCUGGUGGUCUGUCUUAUAACUGUGGUGAUUUUUACAAUUUCACUGUCGGUAUAUCCCAACUUGAUUAAAGACAAUGGGAUCAGGGAACUCGAAGCACCAUGAAGUUGCACGGACAAAAAGUGUAUAUAGUGCUUAGAUUGACCUUUAAAUUGUCUUUAAAUUAUUAUUCUUUGCACCUAUUUACUUUUUCUCUUCUUUUUUUUAGCUGGCUGUUUCUUGAGUUUGUUUAGCAGUUGUGUUUUUUCUUUUUGUUUGUUUUUUUACUUUGUUUAAAAAAAAAAAAAAUACAAUAUGUAAUAUAUAUUGUCCUGUAUUCUCAAAAGUCCAGGAACUUGAAUAGCAUAAGCAGUUCAAAAACUGUAUUUUCCCUACACUGCGUAGUGCUGGGACCUAAUCAGCUUAAAGGAUCACUAUAGUGUCAGGAAAACAAAGUGGUUUUCCUGACACUAUAGUGCCCUGAGGGUGCUCCCACCCUCAGGGUCCCCCUCCCAAGGCGCUGAAGGGGUUACCUUACCUUAUUCCAGCGCCGGGCUCCCACGGCGCUGGUGACUUCUCCUCCCCCGCCGACGUCAGCGCCCUCUGCCGACGUUAGCGGAGCUGAAUGCGCAUGCGCGGCGCAUUCAAGCUGUCAAUAGGAAAGCCUUUCUCAAUGCUUUCCUAUGGACACUCUCUGCGCGAUGGAGGCAUAACAUGCCUCCAGCGUCGCAGAUGCGCCUCUAGUGGCUGUCGGGAAAACAGCCACUAGAGGCUGGCUUAACCCUGCUAUGUUUGGCUUAAAACUGCUAUGUUUGCAUCUGCAGGGUUAAAACCCUAAGGGACCUGGCACCCAGACCACUUCAUUGAGCUGAAGUGGUCUGGGUGACUAUAGUGUCCCUUUAACUACAGAAAUAGCAUUUUCUGACAUCAUGAACUCAGCAUUUCUUUUUCCAAUUCUUGUUGAAAUGGUCAUAUUUUCAAGUAGUGAUUACAGCAACAUUUACUGUGAGUACAUUGUGUUAAUUUUAAACUUAACAAUAUUCCCAACACACUGAGUUACAUACAAGAAACAUGUAGGUGACAGAGCUGCUUUAAUUGUGUUGUAUCUGCAGCUCAUUGUAGAUAAAAAAAAGUAUACUGUUACUGUAUGUAUAUAUACAAAUUAAUGUUACAGGGCAUGUGUUACAUGGACAAGUGCCUUCCUAUAUAAUAUACUGCGUUAACUCCUUACUGCCUGCAGAGUAUUUAUACACAGCGCGAUAUACACAACAACACAUACAGGGUUAUACACUAAAGUGUUAAUUCAAAGUGAAUAUCAAUAGCAUAGCUGACGUACAGAAUUUUUCCAGUUCUAGUCAAAAACCCCAGUAGUGAUUUGAUUAUGUUUUGUAUUUCUGCAUGAUCCAUUCCUGUUAUAAUGACUAAAACCUGUUUAUUUAUUUAGACUUUUGUCAGCAGCCAUUAUCUUUAUAAAAUAAUAGUUGAUGUAACGCAAGCAUCCUACUUUGAAUAGUGUUCCUUGCUAUACAGAUGAAAGGUCUAAUAAGGACUCGUGAGCGCUGGGGAGUAGUUCUACCUUGGUUGAGUUUCACCCCCUUCCCCUCUCAUACUGCCAGAGAAAUUAUGUCUCUGAAUCCCUAGCUAUCUAUUUAUCCAAAUUUAACCCCUUAAGGACACAUGACAUGUGUGACAUGUCAUGAUUCCCUUUUAUUCCAGAAGUUUGGUCCUUAAGGGGUUAAACAAUAGAGCAAAUCUGUGCUAUAUAAAUAAUGGGCUCCCAACGCAGUUGUCAUAAACCCGCAACUAUAUUACAAUACUUGGGGGAACAUUAUAUUAUUAAAUGAUAAAUUGGGAAAUUGUCUUUUUAUGACAAAAUUAUCUGACACACAUAUACAUAUAUAUUUAUAUUAUAUUUAUAUAUAAACUACAUAUAUAUAAUAUGUAUAUAUGCAAUCAUUACUGGGUGGACAAUGCAGCUUUAGACACAUUGUAUAGUCUAGAGCAGUGGUUCCAAAACCAGCCCUCAUUACCCACAAAUAAUCCAGGAUUUAUGCAUUUUCCUUUUUCUUUUUUUUUUAAUUCCAGUUGAGGUAGUCAGAAAACCUGGACUGUUGGUGGAUUGUGAGGACUGGUUUGGGAACCACUGGUCUAGAGAUAUAGGCAUACCUAUACCUAUUGUACACUAGUGGUAAACUAUAUUAUGUUAUGCACCUGUUAAAUAUAUCUUGUUUUCUAUCUAUCCAAAUGGAUCUAUUAAAUAUGGUUUUAUAUAUUCCAAAAAGCUUUAUUUUUAUUACAGAUGUUAGUUUUUGUUUAACAGAUUAUUUUAUUCAAGACUACAGAAUAAAUAGAGAAACACAUUGUGUAAAUGGGUUCUGUGUCAUUGUGAUUGGUUUUCAAAUUUCCAUCCAAAAAUAGUUAAACGCCCAUGGAGUGUUCCUUUAAGAGAUUGUCUCCCUAUUUAGUAGAUAUAACCCCAAGGAAAUCAUGCAUGUAUUUUUAUCUGCUUGCUUUCUUUGGUG